GUCAAUGCUAAAGACGUAUGUGGUUGGCGUUUUUCCUAGACCAAAAAAAGUCCAUGCUGCGACGUGAAUUUAACGGAAAUCUCAUUAGUUGAGCACAAAUUCCAAUUUUCAUUCUUCCAAAUCCGAUAAGAAAUCCAUCCAUGGCAACAGCUUUCGCAGCUCUAGUUUCUCUUGAGAGUAAUCUACGUCUUAUCUACAAUCACCCCAAAUAUUCCUUUCACUUUGAGGAAGAACAGAUUCGAUCCCUUGAGGGAAGUGUCAGCUUCCUGAUCGAUUUCAUGAAGAGCUACGACAAUUCUCUUCGACCCAGAAAACAAGCUGCAGAAGCCUUGGAAAUGCGAAUUGCGCAUGCAGCUCAAGUGGCAGAAGAUGUGAUCGAAUCACAUAUUGUGGAUCACAUCCGUAGUGGAAAGACAAGAUCACCUCGUUUCCUGCUGGAUCUGCAGAAAGCAAUCCAAGACAUGGAUUACAUGAGGAGAAAAGCUUUAAACGUCAGAGCGCAAAGUGGAAGGGAGCAGCAGCAGCAGCAGCAAACCACAUAUUCAUCAUCAGCAGCAGCUAUCCAAUCAACACCUCCCACCUUUACCAUGGUCGGAUUUGAUGAAAUUGUACUUCAACUUCUUGGUCUGCUCACUGGAGGUCCCUCAAGUCGGCCAGUCAUCCCCAUCAAAGGCAUGGGGGGGAUUGGUAAGACUACGCUUGCUAGAAAUGUACUUCAACAUCCUUAUAUCGUUGAAUACUUUGAUGUUCGCCUCUGGGCGACAAUUUCUCAAGAGUAUAGCCUCCCCAAAAUUCUGUCUGAGCUCUUGUUUCAUCUAAAAAAGUCCAAUAAUGGAACUGUUGAUGAAUUACAAGAAAGGUUACACAAGAGUUUAAUUGGGCAAAGGUAUUUGAUUGUUCUAGAUGAUAUGUGGAAUGCUAAAGCUUUGGAUGAUAUGAGGUUCUUGUUUCGGAAUACAAAAAAUGAUAGUCGAAUUGUUGUUACUACUAGGAAUUCAGAUGUAGUCGAACAUUUAGGCGUUUCUCCAGUUGCAAUGAGUUUUCUGGAUGAGGACAAUAGUUGGCGACUAUUUUGUCAAAAAGCAUUUGCAGAUCAACAAGGUUGCCCCCCUGAGUUGGAGGAGACUGCAAAGAAGAUAGUUGCAAAGUGCAAAGGACUUCCACUCUCAAUUGUUGUUGUUGGAGGUCAUCUUAGAAAGUCAUCAAUGGCUGUAGACUACUGGGAGAAUGUUGCAGAAUCAAUUAUGAAUCCUAUAGGGAAAGAUGAACAUUGCUUGAAUGUAUUGUCUUUGAGUUAUAGCCACUUGCCUGUUCAUUUGAAGCCUUGUUUCCUAUUCAUUGGAGCAUUUCCAGAAGAUGAAAUUAUCUCUGCGCGGGAUGUUUAUAAACUUUGGAUUGCUGAAGGAUUUAUACAACAGGGCGAAUAUUCCAGCUUGGAAGUGGCUGCAGGCCAUUGUUUAUGGGAUCUCUAUAUGAGAAAUCUCAUUUUAGUUGAUCGGUGGCGUCCCUUUUAUGGUAUAUAUGCAUUUAAACUACAUGAUCUAGUAAGAGAAAUAUGUCUAAAGAUUGCCAAAGACGUGGAGUUUUUAUAUGUGUUUCAAACACCAAAAGCCAUAAAUAGGAAGCGUCGAGUUGUAAUCAGUCGGGAGGCGACCCAUGAAGCAAUAGCCUCUGAUUCUCUAGUCCGUUUUGUGAUGUGGGAAAGGAGUCGUUACAACAUCAACAAUCUAUAUGAGUUGAAACUGUUGAGAACAUUGUGUAACGUUGCUACGACAUCAUCAAGUGGGUCUAUUUUUAAGAACCUUAACUUAAGGUAUCUUAAUAUUGAUCUUGGUUUAACAAUUCGCCCAAUUCUUUAUUAUCUCCUCCCAUCAUCAAUGUCAUUGCUAUGGAAUCUGCAAAUUUUAACAAUUAAUAUAGCAGAUCAAUCAAAAGUGAUUGCACCUUAUGAGAUUUGGGAGAUGCUGCAGCUUAGGUAUCUUGAGGUAGACCCGAUUUGUCUCAUUGAUCCUCUUCCGGUGGACAGAUUACACCAGACAAAUAACUUUGUAAUGAGAAAUCUAAUUUCACUUUUUAGAGUGGAAAAUUUUAGGUUUAGUGACGAGGUUUGCAAGAGAAUCCACAAUAUCAGAGAACUGCGGUUAUCCUAUUGUGGUGAAGUAAGUUCAUAUUACUGUCCAGGCAAUCUUAGCCGUUUCAAUCAACUGCAAGUCCUAUGGUUGCAGUUCGAUGACAAUUCCAAGUGGCGUGAGUUUGUUACGAGCCUCACUUUCCCAAGUAAGCUUAUGGAGCUGCGUUUACGUGGUUCUGGCGUUGAUUGGGAAGAGUUGACAAUGAUGGUUGGACCAUUGCCCCAUUUUAUUAAACUUGAAUUACUUGCAGAUUCAGUCACUGGAUCCAUUUGGAACCCCAAAGAGGAGAAAUUCCUUAGAUUGAAAUACUUGACUAUCAGCGGUUGUGGUGAUUUAGUUUCUUGGAAUGCUGACAGAUGCCAUUUUCCAGUCCUCGAAUAUCUUCGUCUCACGUACUUGCCUAAAUUGGAAGAGCUUCCUCCAGGUAUUGGAGAAAUACCAACACUCGUACGUAUUGUAUUGAGAUGUUGCAGCGCAUCUUCGACCAUUUCAGCAAUGAGAACAUUGGUAGAACAAGAGGAGCAAGGUAAUGAUAGCCUUCGACUUGAUAUAUAUUUUGAGGGUGAUGAGGAAACACUUGAGAGCUUCAACCACAAGGUUCAAGAAGAGGGUCUUACAAGCACUAAUCUAUCUCUGCAUCUCAAUUUGUUGGGGUCAACUCAUCGGCCGAUGGAAGAUGUUUCCUAGCAGUACUUGGGAAGCGGUGAUGGGAUCAACUUAACUCUCACACUCACUUAAGUAUUCUGGCAAGUAACUUAUCUAUCUCCAACUUAUCUUGUAUAUUCUCCAAACUCAAAUUUCAAUAAUAAAAGCCAAAAGUUUCCCAUGCUCA